GCACUUUAUUUUAUUCAUAAGGAAAAUGCAAUUCAUAGAGAUUUACAUUCAGGGAACAUAUUGUUUUCAGAAUUUAGUAAUCGUUGGUAUAUUAGUGAUCUUGGAUUUUGUGGCCCUGCUGAUAAAUCAUCAACAUGUAUAUAUGGAAAUCUUCCUUACAUAG